CUCUCUAUUUGACAGAACCCCAAGAAACAUAGCUGCUUCACUCUCCACCAGGAUUACAUUGUGAUUGGACACAGAACCGUCUCCCUGCCAAUGACAGCUCUUUAGAGGGGAAAUUUCCCUGUCCACCAUAGUCAUUAGCUGAGCUGGACUUGAGAUCACAAUGAUGAAAAUGAUCUGAGGGAGUCUUCCUCCUCAGGUGUAGGAGGCGGGCCCUGUCCUUUCCCAUCCCCUUGACACACCCAUUAAUAUGAACCAUGGACCCAGGAGCAGUUGACAGUCCCGUCACCUUAGUCAUCAAGGCCCCCAACCAGAAGUAUGACGACCAGACAAUAAACUGUUUUCUCAACUGGACGGUGGAGAAACUGAAGAGUCACAUCUCGAACGUGUACCCAAGCAAGCCGGUGAGUGGGUACUGCCAUUUUUUUGUUUUUUUGCUGAAACAUGAGGUGAUGGCGGUGGAUGAAUGGCACGACAAUGGGCCUUAGGAUCUUGACACAGUAUCUCUGUGCAUUCAAAUUGCCGUCGAUAAAAUGCAAUUGUGUUCAUUGUCCGUAGCUUAUGCCUGCCCAUACCAUAACCCCACCGCCACCAUGGGGCACUCUGUUCACAACGUUGACUUCAGCAAACCGCUCACCCACACAACGCCAUACACGUGGUCUGCGGUUGUGAGGCUGGUUGGACGUACUGACAAAUUCUCUAAAACGACGUUGGAGGCAGCUUAUGGUAGAGAA